AUGGCAGCAACAAGAGCAGCUGAAGAUUCUGAAGACACACGCAUUCCACUUGAUGGACAACGUGCAAGACAAGCAGCUUCAAGAGCAGCUGAAUCUCCAGAACGGAGACAAGGUCGACGGGUACAUGAUCGAGCUAGACAUGCAGCUUCAAGAGCAGCUGAAUCUCCAGAACAGAGACAAGGUCGACGGAAAGAAGAUCGAGCCAGACAUGCAGCUACAAGAGGAGCUGAGGAUCCCAUACAGAGACGGACUCGAAGUGAAGAUCAGCGUAGACGACAAGCAGCCUCAAGAGCAGCGCAAUGGACAUUUAUGGAAGGGGAAGCGUUUCGUUAUGAUCCAGCCAACAACUAUGACAGCCAUCCUCAACUUUAUAUUGGACAAAUGAGUGAUGUUUGCCCAUACUGUAAUGCCCUCAAGUGGCAUGCAGAAACACGAGGUAUGUGCUGCUCUGGUGGUAAAGUAAAGUUACCUGAACUUCAGCCUCCUCCUGAACCACUGGAAUCAUUAAUAGGCCCUACUUCAUUUGAAGCUCUUCGAACUGUAAACAUUCAGAUCUGUGCAACAUUUCGUGAAGCAUGUCAAUUACAUGGAUUACUGGAAGAUGAUCAGCAAUGGGAUGCCACCAUGUCCGAAGCAGCUGCAGCUCAAUCGCCAGCAAGAUUAAGAAAUCUAUUUGCUAUUAUACUAGCUGUUUGUGGACCAUCCAAUCCAAAACAAUUAUGGGAGUCGUACAAAGAAAGCUUGACUUAA